UACAUAUAUAUACGAGAUUUCAGGCUAGAGCCAUGUCGAUGGCGUCUUCUUCUUCUCUAGCCACCCAAUCCUUUUAUACUUGGUUUUCUCUAUCUCACCGACGUCAGGCCCCUGAACCUUAUCUACUUCUCCGCUCUUCACUCUGUCGAAAUUCCAUCUCUCUCUCCGCUUCUUCCCCUUCCUCACCUUCUCCCAUUUUCCUCUCAUGUUUCGACGACCCACCACCACAAUAUGUUCCCGAACCACAUAAUCCAACUACUAUUAUCCAAGAAGAAAAAGAAGAAGAAGAUCCAAUUCUCAAAUUCUUCAAGUCACGAACUUCAACCGGAGAGGACCCUCCUCAAGAAUCCAAAUUCUCCCUCCAGAAGAACCGUCGAACCUCAUGGCACCUAGCUUCCGACUUCUCCGACCCGGAUCCCGAACCAACAAACCCCGUCUCUGCGGCAAACCAACAAACACCUGGUGUGCACAACAACAACAACAUCGCUCUCGAAAUCCUGGAAACAGCCAAGAAUCUGAGAGAGAAUCAAACCCUAGGAGAGAUGUUAUCAUGUUUCCAAGGCAAGGUCAGCGAAAGAGAGUGCGUGGAGGCAUUAGUCAUGUUGGGCGAAUCUGGUUUCAUCAAGUCUUGUUUGUAUUUCCACGAGUGGAUGACUCUCCAGAACAACCCCUCACUCGUUUCGCCUCGUGCUUCCUCUGUCUUGUUUACAUUGCUCGGGAGACAAGGAAUGGCCGAUACCAUUCUCCUUCUUCUUCGUAAUCUACCUGACAAGAAUGAGUUCAGAGAUGUUCGUCUCUACAAUGCCGCCAUCUCUGCACUCUCUGCUUCUCAAAGGUAUGAUGAUGCUUUGGAAGUGUAUGAGUCCAUGGAUAAGAUCAAUGUGGUUCCAGACAAUGUAACAUGUGCUGUAAUGAUCACGACGUUGAGGAGAGCAGGACGAACUGCGAAGCAAGUUUGGGAGGUAUUCGAGAAGAUGAGCGAGAAAGGUGUUUGUUGUUGGAGUCAGGAUGUUUUCGGCGCCCUUGUCAAAUCCUUUUGCGACGAAGGGCUUAAAGAAGAAGCUCUUGUGAUACAAACUGAGAUGGAGAAGAGAGGGAUACGUUCGAACACCGUUGUGUACAACACGUUGAUGGAUGCUUACAACAAGUCCAACCAGAUAGAAGAAGUGGAAGGUCUUUUCGCUGAGAUGAGGAGUAAAGGGUUGAAGCCAACAUCUGCGAGUUAUAACAUUCUUAUGGAUGCUUAUUCCAGAAGGAUGCAGCCUGAUAUCGUGGAGACGCUUCUGAAUGAGAUGGAGGGUUUGGGUUUAGAGCCUAAUGUGAAAUCUUAUACUUGUUUGAUUAGUGCGUACGGUAGGACGAAGAAGAUGAGCGAUAUGGCUGCUGAUGCUUUCCUGCGGAUGAAGAGAGUAGGUUUGAAACCUACUUCACAUUCUUACACUGCUCUUAUCCAUGCCUACUCUGUUAGCGGGUGGCACGAGAAAGCUUAUGCUUCGUUUGAAGAGAUGUGUAAAGAAGGGAUUAAACCGUCGGUUGAGACGUACACAUCGCUUCUAGAUGCGUUCAGAAGGUGUGGUGAUGUAGAAAAGCUGAUGGAGAUUUGGAAACUAAUGCUGAGAGAGAAAAUACAAGGGACACGAGUGACGUACAACACUCUUGUAGAUGGGUUUGCGAAACAAGGCCGCUACAUUGAAGCGAGGGAUGUUGUUUCAGAGUUUGGUAAAAUGGGUUUGGAGCCGGCUGUUAUGACUUACAAUAUGCUGAUGAAUGGUUACGCAAGGGGAGGACAAGAUUCGAAACUGCCGCAGCUGUUGAAAGAAAUGGCUGCUCUUAACUUGAAACCUGAUUCCAUCACGUAUUCAACCAUGAUCUACGCUUUUGUCCGUGUCCGAGACUUCAAAAGAGCAUUCUUUUACCACAAGAUGAUGGUUAAAAGCGGGCAAGUACCAGACCCGAGGUCAUAUGAGAAACUUCGGGCGAUUCUUGAAGACAAGGCAAAGACAAAGAACAGAAAAGAUAAAAAUGCUAUACUUGGUAUUAUUAAUAGCAAGUUCGGUCGUGUUGAAGCGAAGCCUAGAGGGAAGAAGGACGAGUUCUGGAAAUACAAGAGGAACCGAACAUCUUAUAAACCCCAAGCGUAGCCUGUAAGCUAAUUUAAAUGCUGUAGUAUUAUAUAGUGAGGAUGACUUUAUGGUUCUUGUAAUAUGUUUCGUGUUUAUAAGAGAUACCUUGAUCA